UAUCUAUGUCAUCUAUGAUGCCUUGGCUAAGUCUCAAUCCAUUACCAGACCCAGCAGAUACAAAAAUAUGCGCAAUAGUCAUUGCUCUAGUUGGACAACACCUGUAUUGCUAUUAGAGGCUUUGAUCUUGCAUCGUUCACAGCAGUUACCUAUACCCGUAUUCCCAUGACUCAUGGCCGGAAUGCAAGCAAGAUUUAUCGGACAUCUUGUUCAAGAAGAUGGAGCAUCUAUCCUGGUAAGAUGUCUCGAGAAAUUAGCCUUCCACACCGUUCAUUAACCUUCCUCUCACAUUACGUGAACAUGGUCAUAUUGUUCAGUGUUCAAGUCAUUCUUCCUCUCAUCAAUGUCACAGGUACAGUCGAACCUCGGCCCAUUCCAUUAUAUGCAACCGCUGAAUAUAUGGUGAUAGUGGCAGAUGAUUCCAAAACACUGUGUUUUAGCAGUGCAAUUAUCAAGGAUCGACUGUCAAGGUCGCCUACACUCUUGCUGCCUAGCUGGGAUGCAUGAAAACAUGCGACUCGGCUCGAUCGCUUCCGCAUGCAGUAUGCGACAAGACCAAUGUCUGCUGUGGCUCCACGGGCUACAUACACACACGUGGGCCAACGACGAGCGCUUCACUACCUCUUGAUCCGUUUCCAAG